AUGGACGAGAGCAAGAACACCAUGGACGAGAGUCAAGCCACAGAGCCCAAUGAAAGCGACGCCGACCAAGAGGAGGAAGAGGUCGAAGCAUCGGUGCAAGAAGACAUUGCUCGCUUCGAACAGUCGUUCAAAAACAUUUCACAGCGCUUCCGUCUGAUCAAUCGCAUCGGAGAAGGCACCUUCUCGACCGUCUACAAAGCCGAAGAUCUCCUCUACGACAAGUACAAGAAUGACUGGAACGACAUGUCCCUCUCUCCCCAGACAAAGACAGCACGAGACCGUCCACGCGCCCGCUAUGUUGCCAUCAAGAAGAUCUAUGUCACCUCGUCGCCCAUGCGCAUCUUCAAUGAGCUCGAAUUGCUACACGACCUCCGCGACUCACAAAAUGUCUGUCCGCUCAUCACUGCCUUCCGCCAUCAAGAUCAGGUCGUUGCUGUCCUGCCAUACUUUCAGCACCGCGACUUCCGCGACUACUUCCGUGACAUGACCGUCAACGACAUGCGUGUCUACUUCAACCAACUAUUCACUGCCGUUCGCGCCGUCCACGAGCAUCAGAUCAUCCACCGCGACAUCAAGCCUACAAACUUCCUCUACUCCCCCGCAACUCAGAGGGGCGUUCUCGUCGACUUUGGUCUGGCCGAGCGGGAAGGAACAGACUGGCAUCAUUGCAAUUGCCAGUACUCAACAUCUGACCGUCAAUACCGUUACCAGAGCUCCCUCUAUUCCUCCAUCCGAACACAAUAUCGUGAUGCUGGCCAGCUACCACCUCCUCCCUCAUAUCCCAAAGAAGACUCGAGAAAUUCUCGCAGAGCCAACCGUGCCGGCACCAGAGGCUUCCGCGCUCCCGAAGUCUUGCUGAAAUGCACUUCCCAGACGUGUAUUAUCGAUAUUUGGAGUUGCGGCAUCAUCCUCCUUACUCUCCUCAGUCGCCGCUUUCCUUUCUUCCAUUCUGCCGACGACAUUGACGCCUUCAUCGAGCUUUGCAGUAUCUUUGGCAAGCGUCGCAUGAACGAGACUGCUUUGCUGCACGGCCAAGUCCUCCAAACGAACAUUCCUACCAUCAGCGAGAACGGCCACAGCUGGGAGAAGAUUCUGCUGUGGUGCACUGAACGUCGUAAGACCGACCUUCCACUUACCGACGAGGAAAAAGAAGCCGUACAAUUUAUGUCUCUUUGUCUCGAGCUCGAUCCUUCCAAGCGCAUAACAGCCGAAGAAGCCCUCGACCAUCCUUUCCUGAACCCCAAUGCAUCUGGGGAUCCUCAUUUUACCGGCUCCGAACAGAAUUGA